AUGGCAUUCUGCAGAGCUGCAUGCUUUGCCCUCACGCUGAUCUUCUUCGCAGAAGCGGAGCAGCCCGAAAGCUGCUCUGAAAACUGCGAGGCAACUGAUAUCAUCCAAGAGAUUGGGCACACGAGGUUUGAGUUUGCCAUUGUCUCAGACUUGGACAAAGCAUCCAGGGACUUGGAGCAGUUCAAAUGGCACGCUUGGUUCCUCCGAGGUGCUCUUCUAUUUGAUGCGCAGACGGGCCAGUACAGAUUGGAAUGGUUGGACACCAAGCGACUUGAGAGCACUCUAUCCGUGAAGAACCGAAGCAUGGAGCUCAGCGAAUUGGUGCGCUUUGAAGGGCGCCUUUUUGCUUUCUGUGAUAUAACUGGUGUCGUCUUUGAAAUUUAUCCAGAUGAAGGCUUUGCUAUUCAGAGGCUUAUCCUUUCAGAUGGCAACGGAAGAUCCAUCAAGCCAUUCAAGUCAGAAUGGGCGACAGUGAAGGAUGGCUUCCUCAUAGUCGGCAGCAUGGGCCGCGAAUGGGUUGGUGAUGAUGGUGAGAUUCAGCACUACAAUCCGCAGUGGGUGAAGCAAAUUGACAGCAAAUGGCACGUUGAAAGCUUUGACUGGCGAGGCAUCUAUGAGACAAUGCGGCAAAGCCUUGGGGUUCAGAGUCCUGGGUAUUUGUGGCAUGAAGCGAUCAUUUGGGACGCAUGGCUUCAACGUUGGAUCGUAUUGCCUCGAAAAGCCAGUCUCGAAAGCUACAGUCCAACAGCCGAUGAGACUCGUGGGACCAACGUUCUGUUGUUGGCUGAUGAGAACUUCUCCACGAUCGAAGCGCUCUCCGUGGGACCCUUGGAGCCGGACUGGGGCUUCGCGGCUCUGCGGAAAGUGCCCGGCACCAAUGACACGUAUGCGGCCUUGAAAGUCCUGGAAGUUGGCUCCCGAACGGCCACGAAGAUUUGCGUCUUCGACCUUCAGGGGAAGAUGCUCAUGGAACCACCAUUCCUUCAUGUCAAAGACCAGAAGUUUGAAGGAUUAGAGUUUCUCUGA